AUGUCGACGACAAAGUCGACACCCAAAGCACAAGCCGAUCGGCUUACGCUAAUAGAGGAGGAAAUGCUGUUCCUCAAAGAAGUCCCUGACACCCUCCGUUUCCUGGAAACACGGGUGACCGAACUGAGUGAGAAAGUCGUCCAAGUCGACGCAAUGGGCAACCGCCUAGACGGGUUGCCAAUCGCAGAACUGUUGUUUCGAGUGACCUCGCUCGAAGAAAGAGUUGCUCCUACGAGCAGCCCAAAACCGUCUGAUAGUCCGGAUAGCUCUGUCGCACACAAAGAGGGACGUGGCGAAGAGUUCGACGUACUACAAAACACAAUGAUGAGUUUGUUCAAUGGAUUGGCUGAUGAAUUCAGAUCAACAGUCGACGACCUCCAAGAAAGGAUGGCCGCCAUGAGCACUCGAAUUGAAGUUACCAUGAAAGCCGUGGAAGGUUACUUCAAAGCCACAACGGCUUGUACCGACGACAAGAAGGUGACUGUAGCUGCGAUGUAUCUCGUAGACGACGCCAAACUGUGGUGGCGUACGAAGGUGCAAGACAUCGAGGAUGGAUUGUGCACCAUCGACUCAUGGGAGGACCUCAAGAGAGAGUUGAGGGAACAAUUCCUCCCCGAAAAUGCAGGACACAUAGCAAUGGAGAAAAUAGUAGCCCUGAAACACACUGGAAACAUACGGGACUACGUCAGACAAUUCUCAACCCUGAUGCUGGAUAUCAGGGGCACAGCAGAGAAGGACAAGGUGUUCUUCUUUAUAAAUGGUCUACAGCCGUGGGCCAAAACAAAGAUACAUGAGAACAGGGUCCAAACCCUAGCUGCCGCAAUGGCCUGCGCCGAGAGACUCGUGGACUGUGGGAACGAAGCAGGAUCCCAAAGAAGAGCGACACCAGCCCCAAACAAUGGGGGCAAACCAUACCGACCACCAGGCCAUCGAAAUGGAAGCCCCAACAGAUCGAAUGGAUGGACGGAUAGACCUCCUCAGAACAAUCAAGCGGGGACAUCUCGAGGGCCUUACCACCAAAAGAACCACCCGACGACGCCUUUGCAAUGCAUACUAUGUAAAGGCCCCCACAAGACAAGAAGGAAGAUCACGACAACCCCCGAAUGGGCGCACAAAUUCUUGUCAGCCCUCCAACGGAAAGUCGAACCGAAGGAGAUAAUAGAGAAAGGGCUUAUGUUCGUAGAUGCCACAAUAAACUCUCGACUGAGCAAGAGCACUCUGAUAGACUCUGGAGCAACCCACAACUUCAUUGCUGAUCAAGAAGCCAGAAGAUUGGGACUCACCAUAGGAAAAGACCCGGGGAAAAUGAAAGCUGUCAACUCCGAGGCCUUGCCUAUUGUGGGAGUUUCCAAAGGAGUCCCCUUCAAAAUAGGGGAUUGGACUGGAGAGCUAGACCUUGUCGUGGUUCGCAUGGACGACUUCGAUGUGGUACUUGGGAUGGAGUUCCUCCUAGAACACAAGGUCAUCCCAAUGCCAUUGGCAAAAUGCUUGGUGAUCACCGACCGUAACCCCAUAGUAAUACCUGCAAGCAUCAAGCAACCAGGUAAUCUUCGAAUGAUCUCGGCCAUACAACUGAAAAGGGGACUCGCACGAGAGGAACCUACAUUCAUGGCCAUACCACUGAUAGAAGAAGCAACCACCGAAGAGACUGUCCCAGAGGAAAUCAAGGAAGUAUUAGACAGCUAUACCGACAUAAUGCCAGAGAGUCUACCACAAACACUACCACCUCGUCGAGGCAUUGACCAUGAAAUCGAACUCCUCCCCGGGGUUAAGCCGCCCGCAAAGAAUGCAUACCGGAUGGCUCCACCCGAGCUAGCCGAAUUGAGGAAACAACUAGACGAGUUGCUGAAGGCGGGAUUCAUUCGCCCGGCAAAGGCCCCUUAUGGAGCCCCCGUACUAUUCCAGAAGAAGAAGGAUGGGACGUUGCGUCUGUGCAUAGACUAUAGAGCCUUAAACAAGGUGACAGUACGCAACAAAUAUCCUCUGCCGAUAAUAUCCGACUUGUUCGACCAACUUCACGGGGCCAAGUACUUCACGAAAUUGGACUUACGAUCGGGAUAUUAUCAAGUACGUAUUGCCGAAGGGGACGAACCCAAGACGACGUGCGUAACAAGAUAUGGGGCCUUCGAAUUCCUAGUAAUGCCCUUUGGCUUGACAAACGCCCCAGCUACGUUCUGCACGUUGAUGAACCAGGUUUUCUACGAAUACCUGGAUCAGUUCGUCAUAGUAUACCUCGACGACAUUGUUGUUUACAGCACAACCCUCGAGGAACACAAAGUGCACUUGAAGUUAGUGUUUGACAAGCUCCGGCAGAACCAGCUGUAUGUGAAGAAGGAGAAAUGUGCAUUCGCACAAACAUGCAUCCACUUCCUUGGACAUGUCGUCAGAUGUGGACAAAUCAGUAUGGAUAGCGACAAGAUAAAAGCUAUCCAAGAAUGGAAGGUUCCUACUUCCGUAUCUGAGUUGAGGUCCUUCUUAGGACUAGCCAACUACUAUAGGCGGUUCGUCGAAGGGUUUUCACGACGAGCCGCCCCAUUGACAGAGCUGUUGAAGAAAGACCACCCUUGGUCGUGGUCGAAUGAUUGUCAAAUGGCCUUUGAAAAUCUGAAAACAACCAUGACGAGGGGUCCUGUCCUCGGGUUGGUUGACAUCACAAAGCCAUUUGAAUUGAAUAAGUUCCACAUCGAUCGACUAGUCGACAUAGAAGAACAAAUGCAAUACUUGCGGGAAGUUUCUGGUAGUAUUCGGUAUCUAGACCAGCAGGUGAAGGAACUCUCUGAUAAGAUCUUCGCCAUUGAUACAAUAAUAGAUCAGUUAGAUGAGUUGCCCAUUCAGGAACUGUUGUAUCGAAUAGACGACCUAGAAGCUAAAACCACAAAGAUUGGUGGUUUCGAACGAGGAGAUAGCUCGACAAGAUCUGCUAGCCUGAUUGAGGAGCGUCGAUGGAUUAGAUCGCUCCCAAAAGGCAAUGUUUCAUAUGAUUAUUGA